CUGAACCUGUAAAACCUAUUUUUUCCCGAGAAACAAACGCUCUUCAGCUAUGAAAGCUGUGAUUUUGAGAGGGGGUUCGAUUCCGGUCACGUCACCGGCUCUCACCACUUCUUCACCGAAGGUUUCUCUUUCACGUCAAAGUUCGUUCGCCGGUCUUUACUCCGCCGAUCAGAGAACCCUUAGCUCUCCUUUAAUAUCUUUGCUUUCCCCAAUGGAUAAACGGAAGCCCAAGGGAACUCACCCGCAUAUAAGGCGAGUCUUGUCCGAUUCCGAUAUUGCAAGGUCAGUGUCUCGGUCUCCCGUCGGAUCUCGAUGUAUCUCGGCCGGGAUACCGGAGGAAGAGUGUGCGUCGGAGGACGAAGUAGAUAGGGAACUCCAAGCGUUGGUGACUGGAAACGGAAGCGAUAGGGGGGCGAGUUUCGCGCCGGUUUGGCCGGAAUCCAGUAUCCCAAAGGAGGAGAUCGGUUUUUCAGGUGACGGAUUAGGAAAAGGCGGGAAACAUGGUGGCAGUCACGGAGAUGAUUCGUUCGAUCAUAAGAGCAAGAUCAGCGAUUACUAUCGAGGAAUGUUGAAUCUGAAUCCCGCCGAUUCACUUCUCUUAAGAAACUACGGCAAAUUCUUGCACGAGGUCGAAAAGGAUACGGAGAGAGCCGAGGAGUAUUACGGCAGAGCCAUUUUAGUGAGUCCCGGCGACGGAGAGGUUUUAUCAUUGUACGCAAAGUUAAUAUGGGAAAGACACAGAGACAAAAGCCGAGCGAGAUCUUACUUCGACCGAGCCAUGACUGCGUCUCCCGAUGACUGCAUGGUGCUUGGAUCUUACGCACACUUCAUGUGGGAAACAGAGGAAGACGAUGGUGAUAAUGAAGAAGACGAAUUGGAUGACAUUUUUGGAAUUUCCGCUCCUCUGGUUCCAGUAUUUUAAAAUGAAAAAAAGGGUUCUUUCAAAUUAAGUGGACAUUAGAUAAUGUUUUUGUGUAAUACUAUUACAUCAAUGCUAACUUUAUUUACUAAGCUAUCAAUGAUGCUACAAGAAAUAUACGUGAUUAGUUGAUUUUGAUCAUAUCUCAGCUAUUUGCUGUAAAUGUAAUAUGUAUUUACAUUAAAUGUUAAUUUUAUU